AUGGACAGCGAGGAGCUGCUCUCUUACUCUCGGGCCGACACUUGUCCCGUUCCCAUGUCGCAGCUGCCCUGGGUCCAGAAGCAGCCGCAUUCGCCUUGGCUCCUCGUCCACUUCCACGGAGGAGGCUUUGUGGCCCAGACGUCCAGAUCUCAUGAAAGUCUCACUGGCCUUGGCCUCGUCAGCCCACGGCAAUGCUUCAGUUUCACAUUUCCUGUUUUGGCCGCCUGUGACGCAGAAGUUGAGGCCUGCCUGAACUCUUUGCCACUCAACACCUGUCCUCCUUGA